CUGUUUCUAGCCUGAAUAAAUAUCUACAACUAUACUCACAGCAAGAAAAGUGAAACGCAAAGCGAAUGAUGACGAUUAUUUAUAUAUAUAAAUGGAAAAAACUUCCAAAAAAGAAAUUCAUUCUCGGGAGGCGGAAUCGAACCGCCGACUUUUCGAUGAGAUGUCUCCAUUACAGUCGAACGCCAUGAACCAACUAGACCACCCCAAGUCUAGCACGGUCAUUUUAGUGACUGUGCUAGUGUUGUUAGCGUCACUGUAUUUUAGCUUUAUAAGGCCAAAUAUCCUAGCUAAAGCUCCUUAAGCGCAGGCCAUUCCCGCCGCUAAGAGCAAUAGUAUGCCAAUCGAUAGGCAGGGUUGUAUUUUAAGCA